GUUUCGGUCUUGCCGUCAGUCAGCUGGGUGGGUAGGUAGGUGGGGUCAGAGAGAGCCAAGAUGGCUGAUUUUGAGGAGCCGCUGUCAGAUGAAGAGAAGGUCCGCAUAGCGGCCAACUUUGUGACUCAUGCCCCUCCUGGAGAAUUCAAUGAGGUCUUCAAUGAUGUACGGCUUCUUCUCAAUAAUGACAACCUUCUUAGAGAGGGGGCUUCACACUCCUUUGCUCAGUAUAAUAUGGAUCAGUUUACUCCUGCCAAAAUAGAGGGAUAUGAAGAGCCGGUCCUGAUCACAGAGCAUGGAGACUUGGGUUCAGGGCCGUUUCUGGACCCCCGUAACAAUUUAUCGUUCCGCUUUGACCACCUAAGGAAAGAGGUCAGUGACGUGCAGCCCUAUGAAGGAGAGACGACUCUGAGAAGCUGGAGAGAUGCCUGUGAUACUGCCCCUCAGUGCUACGUCAAAGAGCACUACCCUACUGGAGUCUGUACGGUUUACGAGAAAACGGUUGAUGGUCAGCAAACGAUUAUAGCCUGCAUUGAAGGGCAUCAGUUUCAACCCAAAAACUUCUGGAAUGGUCGCUGUAGAUCUGAGUGGAAACUUACCAUUGGCGGGUCCACUGCUCAUGUGGUUGGAGUAUUGAAAAUCCAGGUUCACUAUUAUGAAGAUGGGAAUGUGCAAUUGGUUAGCCAUAAGGAGAUAGAAGAUUCAAUACCUGUGACUAAUGAAGCCAAAACAGCUAAGGAAUUCAUUGACAUUAUUGAGAAUGCAGAAAAUGACUAUCAGACUGCGAUCAGUGAGAACUACCAGACCAUGUCUGACACCACCUUUAAGGCCUUGCGUCGCCAGCUGCCUGUCACACGCACUAAGAUUGACUGGAAUAAGAUCUUGAGUUACAAAAUUGGCAAGGAGAUGCAGAAUGCUUAGAGAGGCACUGACCAGGGUGAGACAUGCUCCUAUGGGCAGAUAAAACCCUCCAUACAUGCGCAAGGACUAACCAAAGCAUAACUAUAUCAAUAUGGGGCAAGGAAGUCAUUUAAAAAAACAAACAAACAAAAAAAAAAACACAAAAAGUACUAAAGGUUUUGCAGACUGUUAGGCACAAAUAUCUGUCUGCUGUAGAGAAGGUGCAGUUGUGGGAAUGGAUGAUGGUUUGAAGAAAGUGUUUUCUCUUGGAUGUGUGAGCUGUGUUGGGACAGUGCAGGGCUGUGCUCGGGACUGCUACGUUAAAAUUUCCUUCGACCAUCUAAGGAGUCAAAGACCUCCAUAAAUUCAGCCUGACAAGUUCUAUAAUUUUCUUUGUGAAAGUGACGCAGAGCUGCAGACAUGUCACUGCGCUCAGCACACAGAGAAGCACAGGAAGCAGAUGACAUGAGAAGCUAAGCACACCUCCAUCUAUCAGGGUUUCACUUUAGAAAAAUAGGAAUUUUGUGAAAGUUUCUUUUGUCAUUGCAGUUGCCAUGAAUAGGGAAACUGGAAUUUAGAUGCAUUAGUGACAUCAGGGCAGUUUCAGGAAAAAAAAAGCAAUUGGUAUCAUACUCAAAUUUCAGCUUUGCUUCACUCAAAAGAAACAAACUCAUUUCUAAUCCAGCGAAUAGCAUUUAAGUAUAGCACAAUCCUCAGCAUAGCUCUGUUCCUGCACCUGUUUGUCAGUAUCUGUUUGGUCUGAGGGAAUGUUGACUUGUUUUCUGUUGUGCUCAACUGAUGUAUGGUCUCUUCACCCAUGUAUGGUCUCUUCACCCAUGCAACCUGUGAUCAAUGAAAUGAGGCAAAGCGACCUCUGCGCUGCUGCAUCCAUAAUUCAUUCUCUGUUCUCUUUCUGUGGCAACACCUCCAUUGCUGUACAGCUUUUCCUUUUAGGAAAACAUACUCAUAUUUAACAAGAUUUAUUUGCCAAAAUCUCUUUCCUAUGGUAAAGAACUCCAUCCUCCCACUCAUGUAUGCAAAUGACUAUUUUAAUAUGCUGGUUUAUGUUGGAGUCCUAGAGUAUUGCACUCAUAACUGUAACAAAUUGUAAUAAUCAAUGCCAAGUGAAUGCAAAGCAGUCGCCACAUGGCAAGAUCAUAUACUGUAAAUAUAACGUGUCUUACGUAAGGCCACGUCAUACUUUGUGUCACAUAACUUCUGAGUAGGCUGACUUUAUCAGUUACUUGUUAUCUAUACUAUGUGCUGUGUUCAACCCUCACAAUGUACUACAACUGUGUGCCGAUCAGUUACAAAACUCAAUACUGUACUGCCCCAUUAUGUUCAAAUAAAUGAGCUAAACAUC